GUCCAGUGAAAACACGCUUCAGGGAAGGAAUGAGAAAAAGCACAUGGCUGGAGAACGCCCAGGAAGCAGAGAGUGUCCUUUCAGGAACAGAUGGGACUAGCUUGCAUGCAGAAACGUGCCUGCUGUUGUUUGUUCCCCGCUGUAUUUCAGGAAUAAAUGACUCUUGUGCCAUUUCAUAAAUAAACAGGAUUAUACUGGAGAUAGUGGCUCCCUUUUUCAUUUCCUCCUUUCCAAAACAUCAUGAGGAAGCUAGGACUUUGCAUAAUUAAUAAACCUUUCAGCAUCUUUUCCACAGUUAGGCCUGAAAAGACCCUUUGUAUCUCAAAGCAGGAUGGUGAGAGAUGUGCAACUGAAGAUACACCCAGGAUGUGAGGAACCAAGUCUGUGCUCGUGGAAGUUAACGCCCUUAAUUCACACUCACAAUUACCUCCACAAUAAAGCCAUUAAUUUUAAGAACUGCAGAAGAAUAACCUGUCUUCACAGCUCUCCUAGGUGCUUAUGCAGGUCACAUUGUUGUAGUUGGAUACUGAUACAUCAAUAGCUUAGGCUCCUCUCUUGGUACUGCUGUAGGUUUGUGUGUCCCAGGGCCCGGCUCUGCUCUAGCCAAGCCUGCCUGGGGACCUUGCUGAGCAUGACUGUGACCCACAGACUUGAUUUCUCAAUUUCACCUUGCCUUACUGUUCUUUGGGGUGUGUUGGUGGUAAGGACAGAACAAGGUGUUCUAUGGCUGUGAGGGUUUGCACCCUUAAUAAGGAUGCUGCACCUUACUUGUGAGCUGCACGCAAGUGCAGACUAGUUAGAGGAAUGUUUAUUGCUAGAUAUUCGUGAGGUGAAGCUCAUGAGACUUCUGAAUGCUGGAGAGGGUCUACAAGAAGAGCUACAGAAAAAUAAUGAGGUGGUAAGUGAAUCCACUAAUAAUUUUAAUAGCUAGGGGAACUGCAUAACCAAUGUGGAUGGUGCUGAGCUGUUUUUAAAACUCCUUAUUUCUUUCAUAAGGCUUCGUUCUUGCUGGUAUUUGAAAUCAAUACCAAUUUUCUCACACCGCUCUUCAAUCCACUUGAGUCUUCAAGCCUACACUUCAGUGUUGAUUACAUGUGGCAGACUGCAAAUGGUCUCAGGAUGUCUCACUUGGUAAAAGCAGUAUGUGACAGUCCCGAGCCCAGGGAGGGAUGGUGCUGGGAGAAUUGGGAGGCUUCCUGAAUGUGCCUUUCUUCAAUUCAAACAUUGCAAGCACAGCUCUGUAUCCUGAGCAGUUUCUCAGCCCUUUCCUAGUGCAGAAUUUCUCUAGGGAGUAGCACCAAAUGGAAGACAGGACUUCUGGAUUCCUUCCCUGCUUCGUGCUGUGAUGAGCUCUGCCUUCUGGUAAGACCUAUGCAUCUCCUGGAAGAAAGUUUUCUCCCUCCCACAUAAGUGAAUGUAUCUAAAAGGUGAUAGAAAUUUGGAGAUAGCAAUGAUUUCUUAAAUAAUACUGAUCAAAUUAGGCAGGUAGAAUAAGUGAUCUUUACUCUGCCUUCAGUACAAGAGUACAUCACUGUGCUCUGCAGACAAUAACAGCGGCGAGCGCAGAGAACAGAAGGUUUCUAAGCUAUAUAGUGAUUAUUAUCAAUUACUCUAAGGCAUUUUAAUCUAGGGAGAAAAUGUAGAAAAUGAAUCAUGGGCAGAAUAAUAAUUUCAGUUUGAAAGAGACCAUCUUGCCCUGGCUAUGUAUGGUUUGAGUGUGGCUCCUGGGUGCUCUGUGCUAAAUCACUUGUGAGGCAGAUGUAAGUGAUUGGCUGGCACAGAAAGCAGCUUCAGAAGCCACACUGUAAACAGAGCAGUGCUGCGAGGCUCUGAGGAAGGCACUGCGUGCGUUGGAGCACCGGUGACAGCAGGGAGCAGAGAGCACUGAGACCACACACUGCUCCCAUCCCUGCUUCCAGCUCUGCGUGGCGUGGGCAAGGACUCCAGCAAGGCAGAGGGGAGGGCAGCUCCUCUUCAUUAUCAUCCCUGGGCACUUCGUUUGGAUGAGAGUUGAGAAGGAAUAUUUCCAUGGGUACAGGAUGAGGAGCAUGGAAAGGUGAUUCGAAGUCGAUGACCUGUCUGGAGGUGCUGGUGUUCCUGGCAUACAGCAGUGCUCAGGGUUGGAGGAAGAGGAUGAAACCAGGUGCCCUCCUGAACUGAGCCACCUAUCAAAGCUGAGAGCAUCUGCUGGGGACCUCUUGGAAUUGUGCUCCUGGGAAGAACGACAGGAAUUCAGGGGUGCCAUGGAUUCAGAAGCAGAACGAUAGCUGUUGCCAAGCUGCCUUGAAACUGAGAUCAAGACACUACUGGAAAACAACCUAAGAGGGAACAAUUUGUCCUGGGAAAGCAGGUGGCCCAAAGGCCGUUCCUUCCUUGCUCCAUUACGCUCCCUGGCUGUGUUCUUGUCCAUAUGUGGAAGAGCUAGGAAAAGCUUAGACAGAUCUGUGGCCAAACCAAAAGAAAACGCUUUGGAAAAGGUUUGAGUUUCAUCAGCAGCAUUCUUAAAGCAUGUCUGACCAGGAGACCGAGGACUUUGCAGCAGAAAGCCUCUUGGACAAGCCUAAGAUGCAUCCCAGCCUCCCACCGUAUGACAUGGAUGACCAGCUCCUUCCCAGGGAGCCACGGAGCACCUGUGGCUGCUGGGCAUGGACCCUGCUGAUAGCCACCAUGAACCUCUUAGUCUUUUUCAUCAACUUGCUCCUGAUGCUUGUUAUCUUCACCAUUGUGUUGCUUCCCACCAUUGUGGUGGUUUACUUUGGCUUCCAGUGCCACUCUCGGGUGCUGCACUCCACUGCCCGCUACUGCAGAACCAUCCUGGAUGACAACAGCUCCUCGGCCCUCAUCAUCCUGGGCUUCGUCAUCAUGUCGCCCCUCAUCGUGGUGGCCAUGGCCACCUACUGCAGCCUGGCCAGGCGCCUCCGCCUCCUCAUGUGCUUCCAGCCGUGCAGCCGGGCCCUGUACAAGGGUGUGAAGUGGCGCUGGUACGAGGAAGGCGGUCUGUGCGGCUGUGCCAGGGGCUGCAGCCCCCGUGUCAAGGCCUGGGUCUGAGCCCAAGGCCCCGUCCCACCCAGCUCUCCCUUCUCCCUACCCAGCCCCUCCCUGCCACCUCCCAGCAUCACCCCGAGGCCUCUGUGGAGCAGUGCUCGUUGUGUUCAUGAGCCACCUCCUAUAUCUUUGCCUAUAACGUUGUAGGGUGCUGCCCACCGCCAGGGAGAGAUUGUCAGUGCAACUCCUUGGUGUUAGAGACAACGUGCAGCAGAACGGGAACUCCUCCAGGGCCCGCUGUGCUCAUGCAGCUCUAUUUCCAGUCUUGACAGCGUGAUCACAGAGGUCUCUUUUGGUUUGGCUUCUGCUGGGGAAGCAUCCAGCCAUGAGGAAGCAGCCGGGGUUUCCUUCAGCCCCAACCUCUUCCCAACCUCUGUAGGUCACUGCCUCUGCGGUGCUGAGGAUCUGCAGCGUUCCUACGCACCAGAUGUCCUUCCCCACUUAACAAUCCUUUUUUCCAUAGCCUAUAGCAGUGUUAUGCUCGUUUUCCUGUCCCCAAGCCAAGUUGCUGUGGUGGCCACAGAUACACACACUGAUCUUUGGGGCUGUCCCCCUCCAGCUGCUGGUCUGAAGCGUGCUCGUCUGGUGAUAGCUGGUGUGCAUUAACCUGCAAAUCGCUCCUUGUCCUUGGCUGUGAUUUUGUUCAGCUCCGUUUUAGGGUUCCUGGCAGGACAGGCUGGAGAUCCCCAGUGGCCUCACGAUCGCUGCAGGCUCUUCCAGGGCUGGGUAAGAGAUCUCAGAGGCAGUGUCUUGUUCUGAGACCCCUGGAUGUAGCAUGAGUGCUGCACAACGCAAAGAGUGGAUGUGAGAAGGUAUGGCAGCUGGGUGUAGACUGUGUGAUGCUCCGGCUGGCCUCGCUGGAGCAGGGGUUGGACCAGAUGACUUCCAGAGGUCAUCCCCAGCUGUGCUGUGAUUGCUCUCUUUUAAACCCUGAUGGGUCCCAGUGUUCAGGCACCGCAUUAGUGGGGCUGUGUGCUGCUGACCGCUGCGAGCUCCGUGCUCCCCCCGCUGCUCUUCCUGUCUGCCAAUUAUUGCCAUCGCAAAUGCUGUGUGUGAAUAAAGAUCAUGCCAAAUCUCCA